UGAAAACGAUGUUUCAUAGUCCAUAGCCUCAUAACAAUCCAUUUUUAUCUCAAGAACAUUUUUUUAUUUUUACAUAUGUGCAAUCUAUUGAACGAAUACAAAGUGCUAAUAGAUUUACACCCCUCUAUGCGAUUGAGCGGGAUAGAUUGAUGCCAAAUUCAUUUUCAAAAUUUACAUUAUGCCUUAGGGCGUGAUGUUGUGAAUGGAGCAAAUGUCCCAGACAAAUGUCGAAUACAGGUUAAUUGAUCCCAUCAAUAUCUAUAAUACAAAUCCAGUGGGGCUACUGUGGGGGCUGUAGUGGGCUUAUCUGUGGUUGGUGGAAAUGAAAAAGAAAAAUUCAAAUCUUGUUGAUGAAGAUGACAACAGAUUCAACCGUGUUCUUCAGAGAUCAAGACACCAUGAUCAAUCUAAUAAGGAAUCUCCCCUCAGAAAGCUCAACAAAUUUCACAGACCCACAAUGUCCUGUGGCUCAGAGAACAACACCAGCCUUGCCCUUCUGUUUUCACAGGAUGCAAAAGAGAACAGACCUCCUGAUCUCAAGGAAUCUCUUGCUGAAAAGAAUAAGAAGAAAAAGAGGAAUAUCUGGAAAUGGAGGCCCAUGAGAUCAUUAGGAUCCCAUUCAUCAGGUGACCCCCUUCCCUGCAUUUUUUCAGUGUAUGUUGAUAGUAUUCACGGUUUGUCUUCUGUGAUGAAUGGCGUGCACUGUUUUGUUAAGUUGCAUAAGAAGAAUGAAGACAAUGUCAAUGUGCAGAGCAGGCCUUGUAGGAUCAUAAAUGGGACUGCAGAUAUUGACGAGACUCUGCAACUCCACAGCACUGUGACCUGCAGUAGCAAGAUCAAACAUGGAUGCAACAUCUGGGUCUCUGUCUGUGGGGUUGAAAUGGGUGGAACUGCAUUCAGUACCCAUUGUCUUGAUUUAUCAAGGUUGGUACCUCAGGGGCCUUGUCUGGCCAGUAGCAGCAGUUGGGCUACUACUCUGAAGCUCACUGGCAAGACCAAGGGUGCCCUGCUAGUUGCCACGUUUGCAUGCCAACUUGUAAGAGAUGUGGGAGGAGAUAGCCACAAUGAUGGACUUGGACAGAGCAGAGUGUGUACCACCCCUCAAUCUGAGGUUCAGCAGAGUAAAUCGCCUUCAGUGUCUGAUUUGGAUCUCAAUGAGGUGCCUUCUCUGAAAUCACUGGGCUUAGAAGAGGACAGAUCUCUGACUCCCGCUGCAGAGGCCCCCAAAUUGGAGUUUGCAAAUCAGAAACGUGUAUCCUGUGAUGAAAGCAACUGUCGGGUAUUGCUUAACGCAAAAUCUGAGAGUUCUUCUGAGAUACGUGCACUGCUACUCGAAAAUGACACAAACCUGGCAUCCACAAGCUCUCAGCUUCCAUCUAUGAGCAAUUUGGACUCUAGUAAUGGUGGCAACAAGCCCACUUUAAACAGCAGCUGGGGAGAUGAUGAUGUGAUGUUCAGUGUUGUAGAGCAGGGUGUAGAGGUAGAGUACAGUGCUGUUGAACAAGGUUUGGGAAUGGAAACUCUGUCUACAAGAGGCCUUCAGGAGGAAGAGAUGAUUUCUUCUGAGAAUACACAACCACGUGUGGAUUGUGACUGGUGGGAAGGUAGAGAGGAUACUUAUAGGGGAUUCCAAGAGCAUAUGCAGGUAAUUGAAGAGGAGUUGGCAAGGCUGGAAGCUCGUUUGGAUGCCAAUGAUUGCUGGGAGGAGAAGUUACAAGUGACCGAAAACUGCAACACAGAGGAUGUUUUGGAAGAAAAGUUGGCGUUACAUGAAAGUCAUGCAGAGGCUAGCUUGAGUGAUAAGAACAUGAGAAGAUCAAGUUUUUCUGUAGAUGGAAAAUGGAAGAUAGAGGAGGGACUAGGAGAGAGGCUGUGUCUAAUUGAAAGUUGUAUUGUAGAGGAUAAUCUAAAAGAAAGCCAAAACCAACUAUCAGAUAGAACUUGGGAGCAAUCUGAGGAAGACAAGGAGAAAUUGGAAGAGAGAUUUCUUAAUGAGAUCCAAGGAUAUGCACUGGAAAAGCAAAUGGUAAACUGUAAUUCUGAUGAGGACAUUGAUUCUGUAACAGAUGAGUUUCUGAAUCUAUUAGAGAGAGGUCAUAAUGCCAGCGACGUCAUGCCAAGAAGGGAGGUGAAUUCUCUGUGCACAUUGUUUCAAAGAGAGUAUGAACUAGACGUGGCUUCACAAAUCACUCUUGAUUCAGGUGUUGAAGUGGACAAAGAGAUGCAAGCAUCUUUCAUGGAUAAUCUAGAGAUGGAGAUGCAGAAGAAUGAACAGGUUUUGCGCAGCAAGACACGUGCAAAGAUCCUGGAGGAUGCAGAGACACAGGCCUUAAUGCAAGAGUGGGGAUUGAAUGAGAAUGCCUUUGAGCUUUCUUCUCCAAAAUCAAACUGUCUUUCUGCUUCUAGUGGUUUGAUGAGAAAUUUAAUCUUCUCACCUGCUCUUGAAAGGGGCAUCGGAUCAGUAGUUCAAACCAGAGAUGGCGGGUACAUCAGAUCAAUGAAUCCUAGGCAUUUUGUGAAUAGCAAGAUUGGUGGGAAGUUAGUAAUGCAUGUGUCCAAACCUUUAGUGAUGUCAGCUGAAAUGGGAUCCACUGCCAUUGACAUAUUGCGAAGAAUGGCUGCUACAGGCAUGGAUACUUUGGCAUCUCAAGCUAUGGUGGCCAUGCCCUUAGAAGAUAUUGCUGGCAAAACCAUUGAACAGGUCAUGCUGGAAGGGUCAAGUGCGCUGGAAGGACUGUUGCAUGAAGCUGAUAGAAAUAAGUCAUCUGGUAGAGGGUAUACUGCAGAAAAAUCGGAAAGUGACCUUAGUGUGUUCAGCAGCGAUGACACUCCAAUAACAAACAGAGUCAAGUUGGGUUUUGAGAAAGAAGGAUACAAAUCUGGAGAAAGAAAUUUCCCAGGAAAAAGUACAAAAGACUUUUUGGAUGGGUAUGUGUCUGCAGAAGACCUUGCCCCUUUGGCAAUGCAGAAAAUUGAGGCCCUUGCACUAGAGGGGUUGAAGAUCCAAUCAGAUAUGGCAGAUGAAGAUGCACCCUACCAUGUAGAUUCACUACCAUUGGUUGACUCUGACAAUGGAGAUACAAAGAUAGGAUACAUGGCAGAGAUAGAUCAAGUUGCCAGUAUCAAUAUGCUUGCUAGCAAGGAGGCAGAUGAAAGCACAAACCAAGUGGUAGGGACAAUGUCAAGUGCUAUCUCAUUUCAGAAGUGGAUGGAGAUCAAUGCCAGGUUUUCUUCUGAGAAUGGAGCACAUACUACAUAUGCCAUUAAGGCUGAUCAAGUAUCACUUAAUACAAAUGCAAAAAAAAAUGAUAGCAGAAGGAAGCGGGAUGAUUCAAGGUCGAACUGUGUGAACAAAACUAUUACAAUUACAAUGCUUGUUCAGCUGCGAGAUCCUCUUAGGAAUUUUGAACCUGUCGGUCCACCGAUGAUAGCACUAAUUCAAACAGAACGUGUCAUCAAGUCUCCUCGCCCCAAGCUUAGUAAGCAAGUCUCAACAAGAACAACUGAUGAAUUAGAAGAAGACGAAGUUGAAGACCAGAAAGAUCUUCCAAUUGAGCCUCAAUUCAAGAUAACUGAAGUUCACAUGGCAGGACUCAAAGCUCCCAAGACCGAAGAGAAGAAAGGAUGGUUUUUCCAAAAAUGGGGUAGUAAGAAACAGGAACAAGCAGGUUCCCGUUGGCUUAUAGCCAAUGGGAUGACCAAGAAUAACAAACCUGCUCCCCUCAAGUCUAAAGCAUUGCCAAUUCAAUCAAAAACCACAGUUGUACAGCCAGGUGAAACUCUAUGGAGCAUUUCAUCUAGGGUUCAUGGUACAGGAUCAAAAUGGCAAGAAAUUGCUUCUCUCAAUCCUCAUAUUAGAAAUCCAGACAUCAUUUUUCCAAAUCAGACAAUUAGAACAAAAUAGGAACACCAGCAUACUUUUGAAUGGUAUUAUCACAUUAGGAAUUUCUUAUUUAUUCCAUAUGUAAAAUGACAGAAUAGAAUCUCUCUUAAAUUUGGAAGGGAAAAUGUAUUAUGUAUAAAUCUGUUAUUAUUGUGGCAUUGAAUGCAAAUUAGCAACUUUCAGCCCUAAUGUAGCAUAUUCUGGUUAUUAAUAGUAUCUAUGUAUGGUAUGAUUUUGUAA